GGGAGGAGCGUUGAGCAUCCGUCUGAGUGACUGCAUUCAAGAAGACAACGGGCAUACACAGCACUUUUUUGACUUUCCAUUGCUUAUGUUCUAAACCUCUAUCUCAUCUACUGUAUUAGCAAGAGGUUUCAACGCGGAGCAUCCUAGGCUAACAUCAUCUGUCUCAAUAAGAACGCGAGGUUUUCUGUUGCAUAGGGAAGUCGUAUCAUUUAUUUCCUGCGCAAAAAAAUUGCAGACAUGGUCAAUACAACGAAACAUCGGGCUUUGGCUGGAUGAAUCAACAGGCCCAGGGAGACUCACGGAUGUCUGUGCUUGUUCCAGUGCCAUAAUCAACAGCACCACAGCAAGCAGCAGUCCACCUUACUUCCCCAUCAUCAUCUGCCCAUGACAGGGAUUUUGGCUGCUACUACCAUGACUGAAAACCGCUCUAGUGAAGGAAAUGCAAAUACGCGAGUAACAUCAAUGAUGAGAGGAGCGUGAGCCGYGGAAAGCUGCAGAGCUGCAUCAGAUAAUGCUGUUUACCCACAUGGCCUGGAGCUGCUGCUGAGGGAGGAACAGUCGAGUCCAGUCAGAAAGCCACAGAGAGGGGUGCUACAGGGAGGGAAACCAUGUCCUACCACCACCACAGGAACCCCAGCCAGAGCAGCCACCGCACCAUGAGCGCCGAGGAGAGGUGCUCCACGCCCGUCCACCACCACAAGACGUCCACGCCCACACACAAAAGCGCCUCGUCCUCCUCCUCGUGCCAGCGCGACACCCGCCAGGAGGCAGACAGCUGGGAAAUCAUUGAGGGACUGAGAAUCGGUCAGAGCAACGUCCAGAGGCCAGAUAAACACGAGGGCUUCAUGCUGAAGAAGCGAAAAUGGCCGCUGAAAGGCUGGCACAAGCGUUUUUUUGUCCUGGACAAUGGGAUGCUGAAGUACUCCAAGUCGCCAAUUGAUAUUCAGAAAGCCAAACUGCAUGGCUGCAUUGAUGUGGGUCUGUCAGUCAUGUCCAUCAAGAAGAGGGCCCGCCGCAUUGACUUGGACACAGAGGAGCAUAUCUACCACCUCAAAGUCAAGUCUCCAGACAUCUUUGACUCCUGGGUGGUCAAGCUGCGCCACCACCGUCUCUACCGGCAGAACGAAAUCGUCCGCUCCCCCCGAGACGCCACCAUAAGGACGUUCCCUCCCCCUGCCACCACCGAGUCCCCCAUCCCACACCCCCACCCUCAGCCAGCCCCCACCCCCAUUGCGGGACAACAUGACGUAAAGGUGGGCCUCUCUUCCCUGGCGGUUACCUCGGCACAGUUGUUCUCUGCUGUGCAGCCCAAACCCACCACCCUUCCAUCAUGGCAGUCCCCCCCGGUCCCUAGUAGCAGCAGCCUGCCGGCCUCCUACAGUAACGGACAGAGCAAAGUGGCUGCAUGGCUCCAGGAGUCGGAGGAGAUGGACAAGUGUACAGAGGAGCUCGCCCGCUGCCAGUCCAGCCUGGUUGAGCUGAGCAAGUUACUGCAGAGCCUGGAGAUCUUACAGAGGACCCAGUCGGCUCCUAAUUUCACUGACAUGCAGAGCAAUUGUGUAGACAUGUCAAAGAAAGACAAGCGCAUGAACAGAAGAUGGAGAACAAAAAGUGUCGGCAAAGAUGCAAAAUUGCAGCUUCAGGUCCCAUCUCUCCCUGUGAGUGCCAGCAUGUCUCCAGUCCGCCUCCACUCCUCAAACCCCAACCUGAGUGCUGAGCUGGUGGACAUCCAGACCCCUGCCUCUCGCCUGGCUCCUGACAACAUAGAGUGUGGAGGCGACUACAUCAAACUACAGGAGGACUUCUGCCUCAUCGCUCAGAAAGUCCACUCUCUGCUAAAGUCUGCGUUCAACACAGUGGCCAUAGAGAAGGAGAAGAUCAAAACUGUUUUAUCAGACCAGGAUCAGUCAUCAGGGCAGUCUGUCCAGCUCAUCACCCUCAGGAAGUCUCUGUCACAGGCCCUGUCCCAAAACGCCGAGCUUAAAACCCGACUGGGCCGCAUCCACUCUGAGUCGGUCCUGUCUGAACAAAAAGUCAGUGUGAACAUCAUUCCCAGUUCUGACGAGGCUGGUGAGCAGAUGGGAAUCCCUCUGACACAACAGACGUCCAAUGAGAGCAGGCUGUCCAUGUCAGAGUCUGUGUCCGAGUUCUUCGACGCCCAGGAAGUGCUUCUGUCUGCCAGCUCGUCGGAGAACGAGGCCUCAGACGAUGAGUCAUACGUCAGCGAUGUGAGCGAUAACAUUUCAGAGGACAAUGCCAGCGUGACCGAUAACGUCUCCAGACAAAUGCUGAACGGAGACCUGGCUGGAAGUGCCUUCCGUAACGGGCGGCGCCCGUCCCUCCCCGCCCCUUCGCCGGACUGCAGCAACAUCAACCUGUGGAACAUCCUGAGGAACAACAUAGGGAAGGACCUGUCCAAGGUGUCCAUGCCCGUGGAACUCAACGAGCCCCUCAACACCCUGCAGCACAUGUGUGAGGAGCUGGAGUACACUGAGCUAUUGGACAGAGCUGCCGAUACGGAGGACCCCUACGAACGCAUGGCCAUUAUGGCAGCGUUCGUCAUCUCAGGAUACUCCUCCACGUACUACAGAGCGGGAAGCAAGCCAUUCAACCCUUUACUGGGAGAGACGUAUGAAUGUAUCCGUGAGGACAAGGGCAUGUGUUUUAUCGCUGAGCAGGUGAGCCACCAUCCACCAAUCUCAGCUUGUCACGCUGAUUCCAACAAGUUCACCUUCUGGCAAGAUGUUAGAUGGAAAAACAAAUUCUGGGGGAAAUCCAUGGAAAUCCUACCCAUUGGCACAGUCAAUGUUAUGCUUCCAAGCUUUGGUGAUCACUAUGAAUGGAACAAAGUCACCACCUGCGUGCACAACAUCCUAAGCGGCAGAAGGUGGAUCGAACACUACGGGGAGAUCACCAUUAGGAACACCAAAAGCAGUGCCUGUAUCUGCAAACUCACUUUCGUCAAGGGAAAUUACUGGAGUUCUAAUGUCAAUGAGGUUCAAGGGAUCGUGAUGGACCAAGAGGGGAAGGUAGUGCAUCGGCUGUUCGGAAAAUGGCAUGAGGGCCUUUACUGUGGAGUCCCGCCCUCUGCCAAAUGCAUCUGGAGGACAGGCGCCAUGCCCACCGAUUACGAGCUGUAUUAUGGCUUCACCAGGUUUGCCAUUGAGCUCAAUGAGCUUUGCCCGGAGAUGCAAGAUCUGCUACCACCCACAGAUGCCCGCUUCAGACCCGAUCAAAGACACCUGGAGGAGGGCAAUGUGGAAAUGGCUGCCUCAGAGAAGCAGCGUAUCGAAGACCUGCAACGCACCAGAAGGAAGUGGCAAGAGGAGAAUGACAUAAAGCACGAGCCACGCUUCUUCAAGAAAGUGGUUGAUGCCAAUCAUAGGGAGCGCUGGGUCACUAACAACACCUACUGGGAGCUUCGCAAAUCCCCCGGCUUCAUCAACAUGGAAAACCCUAAUCUAUGGUAGCAUAUGGAUCGCUAUACAGACCAUAUCAUCACCGCUGACAGAGGCUUUUUCCUAUGCACAAUACGGUUUUCAAAUGAACGUCUCAUUGACAAGAUGACAGUGUGGAAGGAUACAAAAGACUUGAGCUGAGAGAUGAGUUGGACCAACCGUCACCCUGUUUGGCACUGCAGCCAACCAGUCACCCAUCCAAGUAUUCUCUUGGAUCCCCCUCAUUGAGCUUGCUGCAGAGGCUGGGUUGUCAGGGCAACAAUCUUACCACGUAGAUCUAUCCUAAGCUGUUUUGACUUCAGAGGAUGUCCUUGCCUUAAAAAGUCGCCUAUCCACACCACACAUUUUAAAGCUUUUAGUGAAACCCACUUGAGUUCUGAAAGCAGUUUGAUUUAGACUAGUGUUUGGAUUAGGCUUUUGAUUACCUAUUACUGUAUGUAUCAUGCAUGUUUAGAGUGCAGCUUUCAUUGGCAUAUGCUAUAUAGACUAUAACAAAAAUAAAAUUGAAAGAAGUCUGAUAUUUUUGCAAAAUAUCGUCAACACAUAGAAUUUAGUGAAAAUGUAACUAUUAUACAAUAUUGGUAAGAUUGCUCUUAUUUUUGGAUCAGCCUUUUGUAUUAGUUGAAUCUGUAACAUAGCUUUAUUCUCUCUUGGGACACAUUUUUGUUUUUGCAGUUAAUUUGUUUUUGUCACUGGUAUUGAUGGACGUUGCUGUAUACUGAGAGAUUUCCUCAGCAACUCCAAAAGACAAACCCCUUGAGCAGAGACUUUUAGUUCCAGUUUGCCUGGAAGAGGACCAUCAUUACAAGACUGGCCCAACUGCUGAUGCGUAAGGACUGACCUGAGAAACAAGUUCCUUUUUGACCCUUCAUGUUACUCACCACAACUGUUAUUGCAAACCACAUGUAUAGACAUUACUUCUUUCCCUUAUACAGCUCACAUUCAAACUAGUUUUAAUAGUUUAAGGUAAAAUAAAAGUUUUAAAAAGUAAUUAUAAAUAUAAUUGUAAUGUUCUUUAAUUUCCUGUACUACAAUUUCUGUGUUUUUUGCUGUUUGCAGUUUAGCCUGUAGUAUAACUGAAAGGACGUGUAAUACUAACACUCAGGACGUCUCAUGAUGAUCUGAAGAGAUUCCUACCCAGAACGUUUGGCCUUGUGCCAUACCCUUCUGAGGAAUCAAUUUAAAACCUGGUCACUUAUCUGGAUACAUGGUUACACGAAUCAUCUUUGAUUCUGUCCAUAUAUAGUGAGGGAGCCAGUGUGCUCGUCAAAUGUAUUUCCGUUUCACGCGAGUCCGGUCUCGCGUUAUUUUCCGACCAAGCCACUCACUGAAAUGUCAUAGUGAAAGUGGAGUCCUCCUGUGGCAGUAUAGAGGUCAAUGUGUCCUCUACUGGGAACCACAUGACUCAUGACCAUUAGACCGUCACAACUACACCAGACUGACUACCCCCACUUAUACAAUUAGUGUUUUAUGAAACACUAGAGCCACCUACUGUCAGUUCUUUGAAAACACUUUACAUGAAUUCAUAUGUAUGUGGAAAUGUGUUAUGUAGAGGCCAAGGGCUUGAGUAAGUCAAACAGCUUUUAUUACGUUGUUUUAGAAUGUUCAGAACUUUCUGCUUUUGCAAAUGGCAGAGUGUGGAUGUUAAAGCCAAAGACCAACAUUUUGAUAAAUAAAAAUAAACUUGUUCAAGUUCUGUGGUUUUAAUUAGGUAGUUACGACACAGCUAAUGCUAUUAUAUUUGAAUAUCCUUUAAACACGUGUCCAGUUCCUAGAGUUUACUGGUAUAUUAUCCUUUACACCAAUACAAUUUAAACAGUUUAGAUCUUUUACUGCCAAACAUUUCAGCUUUGAUGUAUAUUUGAUGUUCCCCUCCCUCUGUCACUGUGUAGAAGUCAAUACACAAUGGUUACAUUUGUUACAUUACCYCAGAAUCUGUAGAGUGAACAACAUUUUUACAUUGGGAUUAUAUUUAUUUGUUCUUUGAAUUGUUUUGUCCAGAAUGAAGCCUGAAAUUGAAACAGGGAAAGUGGUUUAUGUUAGAAAUAUGUAGAAUUUAAAUGUUCAAUUGUAAAGAAAACUAUUAAUUUGUGUGCACUAUCCUGUGCAGUACUGCAGAUUAGAUCCCAAAAUUAUAGAUAUGACUAUAGUACCAUAUUGUAGCUAUGUAUUCAGAAAUCAAUUGUUUGUCAGUGUCAAUUCCACUUGCUGUGCCUUAAUACAUUUUAAUUAACGCCUCUGACACAAUACUGAUAAGAAACCCCAUACAAGCCAGAUAAGAAAACCAUUUAAAAUCGAAUAAACUACUUUCCCCACAAGAGUAUUGUUCCCCAGAGUAUUAUGUACUGAAUAACGACGGUCAGGGAAUGAAAAUGUUCUGAAUGUGUCACAUUCCACCAAGGAGGGAAUGUAGACGUCUGAGAUCUUGUUAAGAGGGAGGGAGAAUGGGAGACUGUGGUCACACUCAAUUGACAUUGCCCAUAAAUAAUCUAGAAAUUCCUUAUUUUCUGUGCCGUCACCCCCACUCAUUUGUGAUCACUGUUAUUGGCAGUGCACUACAUGUAAACAGCAGAAUAUUCCUAUCUCCUCUUUUGGAUUAGACUGAUGCAAAGACUACACCAUCGACUUUAACACAGUACUUUGUUCAUAAGGACAUUUGAGGACAAUGUACUUUGUAAAGUUUUAGUUCUAGAUUAAUACAUUUGUUUUCAGAGACCAGUAAAAAAAUAAGAGACUUGUUUCAUCAGAGUAGAACAGUUAGACCUGAGUAAUUCGUCGGUUACAAUGUUUAUAUCUGCAUGUUUAAAUGACAUAGCCUGCCAAUGAAUGUUGCAAAUGCCUUACGAAAUAUUUUAUUUUCUCAAUUGGGCUUUUUCUUUUGAAUUUUGGACUGACUUGUACCACUACGCACUGUGUCAGCUGAGUUCUAUCUAUUUUCUAAUGGGUACCUUCUAAAGUGCAAUUGUCUAAGUACAUAUCUUUCCAUGAACACUGUACACUGCUGCUACAUAGUGCUUGUUCUAAUAAAAAUACAUAAAACUCA